AUGGCUCCUCUCGCAGGUCUUUGGGCCCUGAUGGCCGCUUGCUUGAUGCUUUUCCAGGAGAAGGGGACCGACAUGAUCCUCUUCUUCAACCAGAAAUCCGCACCCAUUUUCCGCAACUUCCUGGCCAUCGAGCCACCACCAGCCGUCACCACGACGCUGGUUUCGACCAUCCACUCGACCAUCCACCACGUCUCAACAAUAACCGCUCCGCCAAUAACCUCCACCACCACAUUUUACGCUCCUGGUUACUCCGCUGUCGUCGUCACCCUCUCAACUCCUCCUGCCACGACCCCGACCACCACACCCCUCCUUUACGAACCCUUCCCGGCAUUCAGCUAUGCCGCGUGGCAGACAGUCGACUCUUGCAUUCCGGAGGCCGGAUGGGACAUACUUGCCAAGCUUUUCGAGGGACUGGUCGCCCUUGGGACAGCACUGGCAGAGGCAUGUGCGCACUGGGAACACUUCUGGGACACCUUUGAUCUUGCGAUCUGGGUUGAGACAUACUGCCCGCCCCUUUCACUUCCACCAUGGUACCCUCAUCUUUACUCCUUCCUCUUUUGUCUCCUCUUUCUUGCUGGCGCUUCGCGUGUAAUCGGCAGAGAGGACCGAAGACGACUUGGGGAGCGUCUGUACCAGAGAUGGCUGGUGGAGCAAGAUGAACGACGCAUCACCAGACAGGAAGUUGCAAAAGCGCUCGAUCAAUACCGAGCACGGCGCGAUGCAGGAGCCGCGGAGAGAACCGCAGGCCCUCUCCUCGACAGGGAGAUGGACCUGGUGAUGUUCUUCGCGCUCCAACGACUUCGGUACAAACUAGACCAAGUCGAGAAGGACUACCGUCUGGGCCCUGUGCUGUCAUCGAGGGGCAUCAUCCCGGCAGUGGAAGCGGAACGCGCUGUCAUGGAGGCGAUGUGGGACAGACGAUGCUCGCCUGUCCUGAGAUUCAUCUACUCCCUGUGUCGCUCCGUCUGGACCUUCACGCGGGAGGCCAUUGCCUUCUGGGGUGAAGAGUUGUUCUUGGAGGUGUGGGAGACGAUCUUGCCCGUCUGCCUCCUCAUGUCGGUCCUCGCCAUUGCCUUUGUCCUAGGGACAUUGGCCUUGGCCAUAGGGUUAGUCGGCAGUAUCUGCUGGCUAUCCCUGAUGGGGACGACAAUCGGCGCCUCCGUUGCAAGACCGGUGGUCGAAGGAGCGAAGGGCUUCGUCAGCGAACUGCUGCGCCCGGAGCCUCCUUCGUCCACUGGCAACGAGGGGUUGUCGAGCCAGCAAACAGAAGCUGGUGAGGAUGAGCAGAGGGCUAGGAAGAGGAGGAGAGUGGAUUGA